AUGGACCUGUUAAAGUACUUGUUCGAGAAGCCAGUACUAAUGGGCAGGAUCGCAAAAUGGAAACUGUUGCUUUCCAAGUUCGACAUCACCUAUGUUACUCAAAAAAUGAUUAAGGGGCAAGCACUGGCCGACCAUUUAGCAGCACACUCUCUGCCUGAUUAUCAACAACUGAAGGUCUUCUUCCCUAACGAGGACAUCCUCCUAAUCAAGGGAGAAGAAGAAAGAAAAGUAGGAGAGUGGACACUCUUCUUCGACGGAGCCGCGAACUCAAAAGGGAGUGGAGUAGGAGCAAUACUCAACUCUCCCAACGACGUCCCAAUCCCCAUCUCCAAACAAUUAGCAUUCCCCUGUACUAACAACAUGGCUGAAUAUGAAGCAUGCAUCUCCGGUCUAAGAGAAGCCAUCAUCCUCAACGUGAAGAGGUUGCGAGUCUUCGGAGACUCACAAUUCAUCAUCAAUCAGAUGAAUUGUGACUGGAAGACCAAGGAUGAAAAGUUGAUCCCUUAUCACGUCUAUCUAGAGAAUUUGACCGAGGAAUUUGAAGAGAUCACCUUCUCUUACAUGCCUCGAGCCAAGAAUCAGUUCGUGGACGCUCUGGCUACCUUCGCCUCAAUGCUGGAAAUCUUAAGAGGAAUUGCUGAAUGGGAACUCACCGUCGAACUCUAA